ACAUUCUCGAGGAUUAAGAAAGGUGCCAGCUAGUCUGUUUCAUAAUCUCCUGUCAUCUCCUCCCUUAAAAAAGGAGAUAUUUUAGGUCUGCCUAGGGAGACAAGAGCACAGCAGACAAAGCAUUUGGUAGUCUGUCUGGUCAUUCUCUGCAGGAGUCAGCAUUGUCUCGAAGUCUAUUGCAUUUGCUAUCAAUGAGCUCUCUGCUUCUUCAGCUCGCUCUCUGUGCAUCCUGUAUCUCUCUGGCAACUGCUUCUCUACUGCCGCCGGAUGAAUUGAUGUCACCCUUGGUUUCUGACAAGAUACUGAGAACGGCGCUCUCACCCACGAAUCCCAUGCGGUAUCCUCAGUAUACUGACCGCACUGCAGGAAACUGGCUUUAUUUUGUUCCUGACACUUGGACUUCCGGUUUCUUCCCUGCUACACUGUACGCUUUUUAUGCGCGUGCUGAGCUUUGUCACUGGGGUGCAGACAACGCUUCUGCAUAUUUGACCCUCGGACGCCAGUGGAGCACUGCUGAGAUCCCUCUCGAGACUGAUAACGCCGUCGGGCAUGACGUGGGGUUCUUAAGCUACCCCUUCGUAGCGGAGCUGGCUGUGAACUCCAAGAAUCAGACCACCAUCGAUGCUGUGAAUAUAUUUGCAUCGGACCUGGCUGCGCGGUUCAAUCCCAUCGUAGGAUGUACCAGAAGCUGGAAUACUGCAAAUCCUGUUGACUUCGAAGUUGUCAUUGACAACAUGAUGAACCUGGAGGUUCUCUUUGUGUCAGCCUCGUUGACCGAGAACAAUACUCUGCGUGAUAUUGCUAUAUCGCAUGCGAACAAAACCAUGGAACAUCACGUCCGUCCUGAUGGCUCCUCUUUUCACGUCGUCGAGUACAACGCGACGACUGGCGAUGUGAUAGCCCGCUUCACUGCACAGGGUUAUUCAAAUUCAAGCACUUGGAGUCGCGGCCAAGCCUGGGGAAUCUAUGGAUUCUCGAACAUGUUCAAUCAUACAGGCCAGGUGCAAUACCUGGAAACUGCAAGGCAUAUGGCAUCAUACUUUUUAACAAACCUUCCAGAAGACGGCAUUGUUCCGUGGGACUUUAAUGCCCCACUCAAUCCGCCAAGGCCUGCGGACUCCUCAGCGGCAAUGAUAGCUGUCAACGGCCUUAUCCUGCUUGCAAAUCAGGAGGCUUCUCUCUCCCCGUCUAACGUUACGGGUUCCGAAUACUACCUCAAUGCCGCUGUAGAGCUGUUGCGCAACAAUACGGCGUUAGCAUGGCGUCCAGCCUGGCAAAGUCUACUUGCCAACGGUACAGUCAACAAUCCUGAAGGGAAUAACCUAACCGGGAUAGUUUACGGCGACUACUUUUUCGUGGAGGCCGGGAAUACUUUACUCUCGUUGGGAAUGCUUACUUGUUAGCGAUCGCUUGAUAUACUCAUUGACUACUUCCAUUCGUGUACCAUAGCUAGUCUUCAGAUGAUAUGUGCUCAAUUUCAUAGCCACA